CUUGCACUCAACCCCACCAUGACGCCCCAAGAGUGAACACAAGAACUGACCACUGAACAACAAUAUAUAAGCUCCGUGAAAGGUGCCUCACCAUAACCACUUUCUUUUCUGCCUCGAGAGAGAAGCCACUAGCAAUGAAACUCCACACCACAGUUAUCCUGCUCAUAGUCUGGCUUGGCGCCUUCGCUCUGCACACAGCAGAAGGGAGCAUUGCAAGUCAGUCAAUGCGCAAAUUGUCCUGUGUAAAUCUGUCUACACAGAAAGUGGACAUCAGAAGCAUUGUCAACUAUGAAAAGCAGGAAGUUCCAGUAGAAGCUGUCAUGUUUAUCACCACAAAUGGUAUCAGGAUCUGUGUGCACCCAGGUAAGAAAUGGGUGCAGUCCGCUAUAAAAAGAAUAGACAGAAGACGUACUACCAGAAGAAGAUAAUCCUGUCCUUGGCAGGCACCUGAGGCCAACAAAAUGGAAUAGUCAUCACUGCCGCAGACAACAGGGAAGAAAGCCUUGGUAUCCACUUGUAAUUUCUACUGGCAAUAAAUUCUCUGAACAAAAAUGAACUCGCUAGAAUCUAUUAAUCACUGUUUGAAUGUCUGCUGACUUCUUCAUGUUAUAGCUGGACUCUGUUACACCAUUUAUUGUCUGAAAUGCUUGUCAAUAUUUAUUUAUAACUGAAUGUAGGUAUCUUCUCAUCUUUGCUGUCAUGACUAGUAUAGGAUUUAAGGGUAAACAGCAGAUGGUUUCACAUGUUAUAGGGAAGAAAAUUACUUCUCACAGAGAUGGAAAAGAGUAGACCUCCAGAAUGAUGAGGGGGGUCAAUAUUCUGCAUUGUGUGCCGAGAUUCAGAAGGUUCUAUAUGAUUUUACGGUAACUCAAACUUACAUAAACUAUAAGAAAUAGUGUCAGGCAAUCACUUGAGCAGUGCAAUAUUCAGAAGGAGAUCCUCGGGCUUUCUAUUCUUACAUAAAGUAUUGCACUGUUGGCUCUGAUUUUAGACCCAGGCCAUGGUGAUGUAUGCAUACUCUCACCAAGGCAUGACCUGGAGCAAAUUCAGGGCAAAUUUAAGAAUGCAACUCUAUUCAGACUUGUACUUGGGAAGACUUAUCCUACUCUCUGACAUUCAUUAGGUUAUCUGAGUUACACCUUCAUUUGAAACAGAAUUGGGGAAAAAUAAGGAAUCUCAGAAUAAGCAAGAACAAACCAUGGCUGGAGUCAGUGCUUCACAAACUCAUAUGAAUUCCUUGCCCAGAAAACAAAGUAUUUAUACAUGUCUACUGAUGUUUUACAUUCAAUAUAUUCUACUAAUGAAUUUCAAUACUUUUAAUAAAGUUAAUCUAAGCCUCAAAUCAAA